AUGCCGUCCAACACUGUUGCCAACACCAACAGCGCUGCAUUCAAAAGCCCCGACUUUGCAGAUUCACCUGGAAACAGAAUGGGUGAGAAGACAAUACUGGAUGUUGACCUGAUGGCCGAGGAGAAGUCGCCUUUAAGUAGUGCCUCUUGUAAAAUUGGCAAGCCUGAAAGGAAGCAGUUUCCAGUUGAGAGCUGCGGCUCUACCAAAGACAAUGUGAGUGUUGGCAACACCUACGCUGUAUGUAGGCCGUCCAUGACCCAAGUCCACAAUGGCGACAUGGGCAGGCACAGAGACAGGAUGCCCGAUACCUGCUUCCCCAAACAGGAGAAGAGGGAAGUGGAGAAUGGAAUCCCCAAAGACCCCUCCGCCUUCCAGGUAGAAGCAGACGGCUCCCAGGGUCAGAGCCUGAGUCGUUCCCCGGAGAACGGAUUCCUGCCCAGCCGGGAGGAGAUGGAAUUGGACAAGGAAGACAGUCUGAUGAUUCCGCACAAGAAACGUGGGAGACGGAAACUGGAGCGACCAACGAAAUAUGUGGAGCACAAGGAAGAGGACGGGAACGAUGCGGUCAGGACCGAGGGAGGUCGAGGCAGGCUGCGAGGGGGAGUUGGUUGGGAGAUCAGCCUCCGUCAGAGGCCCAUGCCCAGAAUAACCUUCCAGGCUGGUGACCCUUAUUAUAUUAGCAAGCGGACCAGAGAGGAGUGGCUGGCCAAGUGGAAGAUGGAGGCAGAGAAAAGGGCCAAACUGAUGUCAGCGAUGAACGCGAUGAAGGAUCACGAGGAGAGUGAAACAGAGACCCAGAAAGAGGAGGUCUCAAUAAUCAAGCACCCGCAGCCUUCAAAGCCACACCAACCGCCUCAGCCCCAGUUGCACUCUCAGUCUCAGUCCCAGCCUCAGUAUCAGCAGCAAUCCCAGCUGUCGCUGCCACAGCAACAUAAGCAGCCCCCUCAGCAGCAGCAGCAGCAGCCCACUGACCCGGCCUCCCCCACUGUGGCCACCACCCCUGAGCCCGUCGCCAUCGGAGGAGGAGAGAAAACCUCCCCCAAGCCAGCAGACACUGAGCCUGAGUAUGAGGAUGGUCGUGGGUUUGGCAUCGGUGAGCUGGUUUGGGGGAAGCUGCGAGGGUUCUCGUGGUGGCCAGGCCGCAUUGUAUCCUGGCUGAUGACAGGCCGGAGCAGAGCUGCCGAGGGAACCAGAUGGGUUAUGUGGUUUGGAGAUGGAAAAUUCUCAGUGGUCUGUGUUGAGAAACUCAUGCCUUUAAGUUCUUUUACUAAUGCCUUUCACCAACCAACUUACAACAAGCAGCCCAUGUACAAGAAAGCCAUCUUUGAAGUGCUACAGGUGGCUAGCAGCCGGGCAGGAAAAGCUUUCAUGGCCUGCCCUGAAAGUGAUGAGACAGAAACGUCCAAAUCAGUGGAAAUGUUGAACAAGCAGAUGAUUGAUUGGGCCAUGUUAGGAUUUCAGCCCACCGGAGCCAAAGGCUUAGAGCCACCAGAGGAGGAGCGUAACCCAUACAAAAAGGUGUACCCAGAGAUUUGGGUUGAGCCAGAGGCAGCGGCAUAUACACCUCCUCCAGCCAAAAAACCUCGCAAAAGCACAGCAGAGAAACCCAAGGUUAAGGACAUCAUCGAUGAGAGGACACGAGAGCGACUUGUUUAUGAAGUCAGACAGAAGUGCCGCAGCCUUGAGGACAUCUGCAUCUCUUGCGGAAGCCUCAAUGUUAGCCUCGAGCACCCUCUUUUUGCUGGGGGAAUGUGCCAGGGCUGUAAGAAUUGUUUCCUAGAAUGCGCAUAUCAGUAUGAUGACGAUGGUUAUCAGUCGUACUGUACUAUCUGCUGCGGGGGACGUGAGGUUCUCAUGUGCGGAAACAACAACUGUUGCCGGUGCUUCUGUGUGGAGUGUGUGGACCUCCUCGUGGGUCAAGGAGCAGCUCACGCUGCCAUUAAAGAGGACCCGUGGAACUGCUUCAUGUGCUCUCAGAGUGGCAUGUUCGGUCUGUUGGAGCGCCGUGGCGACUGGCCCUGCCGUUUACAGCACUUCUUUGCAAAUAACCACGACCAAGAUUUUGAUCCACCAAAGCUUUACCCCCCUGUCAUGGUGGAGAAGAGGAAGGCCAUUCGCGUUCUGUCACUGUUUGAUGGCAUAGCAACAGGGCUGCUGGUGUUGAAAGAACUUGGCAUCCAAGUGGAUCGCUAUGUAGCUUCAGAAGUGUGCGAAGACUCCAUCACAGUGGGCAUCGUCCGGCAUCAGGGACGCAUCAUAUACGUUGGUGAUGUUAGGAACGUCACACGCAAACAUAUUCAGGAGUGGGGUCCUUUUGACCUCGUUAUUGGUGGAAGCCCCUGCAAUGACCUCUCAAUAGUCAACCCUGCUCGGAAGGGUCUUUAUGAGGGAACUGGCCGCCUUUUCUUUGAGUUUUACCGCCUGCUCCACGAGGCCCGGCCGAAGGAAGGAGACGACCGACCUUUCUUCUGGCUCUUUGAAAACGUUGUUGCCAUGGGUGUCAGUGACAAGAGGGACAUAUCUCGCUUUUUGGAGUGUAACCCGGUGAUGAUCGACGCCAAGGAGGUGUCGGCUGCCCACCGCGCCCGCUACUUUUGGGGUAACCUUCCUGGCAUGAACAGGCCUUUGAGUGCCAUGUUCACGGACAGGCUGGACCUCCAGGAGUGUUUGGAACAUGGAAGAACAGCUAAGUUUGGCAAAGUGAGGACCAUCACCACCAGGUCUAAUUCCAUCAAGCAGGGUAAGGACCAACACUUCCCCGUGUUCAUGAACGAGAAAGAAGACAUACUCUGGUGCACUGAGAUGGAGAGGGUCUUUGGCUUUCCUGUCCACUAUACGGACGUGUCCAACAUGAGCCGACUGGCCAGGCAGAGGCUCCUGGGAAGAUCAUGGAGUGUCCCAGUUAUCCGCCACCUGUUUGCACCACUUAAAGAUUACUUUGCCUGUGUUUGAGCACUGGGAAACAUUGCUCAGAACCGUUUUAGGAACUACAACGUAGAGCCUUGAUCCUCAAAUUAUACUUCAGUAUGAUUUGCAAGAGAAACAUUAUAUACUUCACCUUAUUUCUUGUAUUUUAAUUGUAAUUCUUAUACUAUUUAAAUCUUUUUUUUUUGUCAUUUUACCUUUUAGCAGUGUUAUCAAGUAUUAUUGAUUUGUUUGUGCAAACUAUACUUGAGACUAUGCUCUCUUCUCAAGACACUGAGAUCUAGAGAGAAACACGUUGUAAAAGAGAGGAUAAUGCGGGGGGUAAACAUCAGAAAGACGGGCCGUUUUUUUUUUUGGUGUGUGUGUGUGUCUUUUAAAAAAAAGAGUUUCUGGGGCGUGAGUGUGUUGUAAGUGGAGGCUGAAAGAUGGCCGCCGGCAGCUCAGCCAUGCUUCCAGCUACUGAGCCUCACAGAGAUGUGAAGAAGAGGAAGGUGAUUUUUUUUUUUUUAUGUCAGGAGAGCCGUGUCUCUGAGAAUCCAAAACUCCAGAUCACAUAUACCUCUUUGUUUACAGUUUCUAUACACAACUGAAGGUAAUAAUAAAGGUACUACUGUAAUAUGGUUACAAUACCAUGGUGCUCCAAGAUGAUGAGAAACAUCAUUGCCCAUGUGGCACAACAACUUUAGACAAUACAGAGCUCUUUUGACUUGUUGCUGGAAAUACGUUUGAUGUUUUUACAUUUGAUGAAAAAAAAAAAGAAAAAUCAGUCCUGUGGCCGUUUUCUCUACUUUAGAGGAAUCGUGAGGGUCACAGACAUUACACUGCUACAAAGAGCCUGUGCUCCUCUACAGCUUUUUAUACCCUUUCUACUGGUGCUCAUUUAGUCCUCUCAGCCUUGCGACACUCAGGCUCCCAGCCUCAAUCUGCACAAACAGAGAGUGAAGCUAGCCACAUGGGAGAUGAUGCUCUCAAUCAUUCAAAAAAACAAAAAAAAACAAGAAAAAAAAUAAACAAACAAACAGGAAAAAAAAUAACUUCAAGAGCAAAGUCUGUGGUGAGCUACUUUUUUCUAGUUUCAUCCUGACUAAUAUUACUGUACAACUGUUAGUGAACGGGGUUGCAGGAAGGGGGGGGGAGGGGGGGGGAGACAAGGCCGGGGAACAGUGCUCCCCAGCAUCCACCUCUGUAAGCUGAAAAACUGUCAGGUGCAAAUCCUCAACAACAUGGUGCGGCUUCACAAAGUUCUUCUACCUUUUUAUAGCAAUUUUGUGCUGUUUUCUCAACAUUAGAAAGCACUUUUAUAUGUAUACUUUCCU